AUGGUUUACAACUACAAGCGCAAGGGACAUCGGCAGUCAUGGGAUCCUGGAAACAUGCAAAAGGCAAUAGAUGCAGUGAAGGGAGGUAUGGCAUUUUUAACAGCUGCGACCACAUACAAAGUGCCAAGGAACACUUUGAAGAGGAGAGUGCUGGAGAAGAACAAGAGAGCUACAGGACACAAAAAAGUAUUUGGAGGUUUUAAUUCCGUCUUUACUAAGGAACAAGAACUAGAAAUAUUCAAUCAUCUACUCUUACUGGAGACUAGAUUUUUCGGUAUGACUGUUAAGGAUCUUCGAAGUGCAGCAUAUGAACUUGCUGAGAAGAACAAACUUUGUCACACUUUUAACAAAGAGUCCAGGAUGGCUGGAAAAGGUUGGAUCGCCGGUUUCCGCAAACGCCAUCAACAGUUAACUCUAAGGGAACCUGAGCAAACUUCUGCAGCUAGAGCAAGUGGGUUUAAUAAGAUUUCUGUUAAGAAAUUUUUUGAUAUAUUAGUUGAGGAAAGGUCCAAACAUAAUUACACAGCCCAUCGAAUUUUCAAUGUGGAUGAGACAGGACUAACUACAGUCCAGUCCAAAAGCUCUAAAGUUUUAGCAUUAAGAGGCAGGCGGCAGGUUGGAUCUUUGACCUCAGCUGAGAGAGGGGUUUUGUGUUCUUUGGUAAUGUGCAUGUCAGCUGGGGGCUCCUACAUUCCCCCCUACAUCAUAUUUCCCCGCCUACGGAUGAAGGCUGAACUGACGGAUGGAGCUCCACCUGGAACUGCAUUCACCUGCCAUCCAUCUGGGUGGAUGCAGACAGAACUUUUUGUACAGUGGUAUAAUCAUUUUCUGGUACAUGCCAAACCUACAAAAGAUGACCCAGUGUUAUUAAUACUUGAUGGGCAUUCCACUCAUACAAAAAACAUUGAGUUCAUUCAACUGGCCAGAGCUAAUCAUACGUCUGUAAUGUGUCUACCACCUCACUGCACACACAAGUUGCAGCCCCUAGACGUGUCAUUUAUGGGGCCCCUGAACACUUUUUAUGUUCAGGCAAUCGAGAGAUUCUUAAGAAACAACCCUGGACGUACAGUAACUCAAUACCAAGUGAGUCGUCUUUUUGGGGAAGCGUACAUGAAGGCUGCUGUUCCACUUAAUGCUGUAAAUGGAUUUAGGAAAUGUGGCAUUGAGCCCCUCAACGAACACAUUUUCACAGAAGACGAAUUUGCUGCAGCAGAAGUAACGGACCUACCACUUCCAGACGGACCAACGGACUUGCCAACAACAGGAGGUCUAAAUUCUACAGAUCCACUACCCUCUACUAGCAACGCAGUUCCUUCUCUGCAAGCUGUAUCACCAAGCAGUUACACCACCAAUCUUGAUGAAAAGUAUGAUCCACAACCUGGGACAUCAUUUGCUAUAAGCCCUAAAGAUAUUAUCCCUCUUCCUUGUGUAUCUGAUGAGAGUCGUAGGAGAAACUGGACGUAA